AGUGUGACGAUACGGUUUCCAUGUUGCAACGGGACGGUUUGGCUAUCGGUUUCGCACCGAUUAUCUAUUCAUGUCAUGUCUUCGGGUAUGAAACAGGAUGGUUUUCAGAAUUUUGAGCACAAUUCUGAAAAGGAAAGCAGACCAGAUGACAUGCGUGGAUUCGCUUAUGAAUCUUCUCUCGACAGCAUCAGAUCUCGCAUAAAUGACAUAUGGCAAGAUGAUCCUUCGAAAUAUGAUGUCCUGACACCAACUUUAUGCAACAUUUGCCUUACGAGUGAACUUCUGCAGAAAAGACUUUCUUCAGUGACAUCCGCUGAUAUUUUAGCUGGUAUUGCCGUAGGUCCUCAAACAGAAAAAUCACUCAUUAACCAAAAAGAGCAACCGGAAUUCACAGAAGAGGACGACUUUUUCUGCAGUCCAGUAUUUGGUUUACAUCAGGAAUGUACACAUGACACCAAUUUAGACCACACGGAUGACAUACAACAGGGCGAUGCGAGGACAGUCGGAUUUGGUCGGAAUGAAGGACUACCCGGUGUUUGCUACAAUGAUCCCUUUGAUCCCAGAUUAACAUUUGCUGGCCUUCAGGACAUUGUGUUUCCCAAUGCCCAGUUUGUAAGACCAGAUGACCAACUUCAGGACAACAUCUGUCUCGCCGUAGACGACGUCGGUGACAUUGUCCAUGAGUACCUGAACAAGUAUCACGACUUCCUGGAUUUCAUGCGGUCAAGGUCACCGUGCGGGAACUGGGUACAUAAACCCGAAGCCGUCCUUCCUGCGAAAUUUGCAUCCUACGAGUUAUGGUUGGCAGCCAAGAACGAGGCUUCAAUUGAGAACGAGGUUGACGAGGACUGUCGUCUGCUCGCAUCCAAAGUCACUUCUCAAUGUGUCAAACGACUCUGGUUAGAUCUAUCAUCCUACACUCCCAGCACCUCAGAUGACCAAGAUGUGUUUUCACAACAGGGGUCUGUGAGCUGCGGGUCCAGUUCACCAAGGGACUCCUCAUCCGCCGUGAACGAAGAUCUGACCUCUGGCUACUCUGACCAGUGGUCUCAUUACAAGCAGUUGCAUUAUUACCCUGUAGGUACCGAACCUAAUGCCCCCACAUCAGAGCUCUGGGCAGAAAGAAACUUUGAUUCUAUCAAGGACUUCGUGCCUCGCGUGUCUUACGGCUUCAACCUCCCAGUGCCGGACGUGGUCAAAGAGGAGUCGCUGGUUUCUCUCGCUGACACAGUCAGGGACGAACCUGAUGAUGACUUGGACAUCAAGACAGACAGACAUACCAGCAGACUGUUUGACAUUUGGUGUGUGCCAGAACAGAACGACGGCCAAGGGGAUGGAAGUCCGAACAGGUCUGAGUGGUCUCCGCGUGAUGUCCAACCACCAGAACAGCAUUUAUCCCCCGAAAUUGGUUUACAAAUCCCACUCCUAGUGUCCACCAAGAGGAGGGAACGUCCAGUCAGGGGGGUCAGGAACGCUAGGAGGUCCAACUUCAGAGACUACCAAGUCACGUUUGUUGAUGACGUACAGUACUCAGACCCCUGCAGAUACUCGGAGCCAGAAGCUGUGUCCAAUUCCAGGGCAACCAUUUCAGACACGAGAGUGUGGACUGUGAAGAGCCACGGUGAAGACGGCCGUCCUCCUCACAGCAAACACGGCUUCAGCAGGAGCGAAACCCACCAAGAAUACAGAGAUGAUCAUGUCAAGGACUACUGCUACCCUGUUACUCAGAGGAUCGAGCUGUCUGCACACAGUGAGCCCUUCUUUCCAAGGUGGCCAGUCUCAGAUGACUACAGCUUUACAGGGUGCGAGAGUGAAAAAAGACUUAAUAAGAUCGAGGAAGAGCUAACAGAUAUUAAAACUUCUCCUCAGCAGAGGCACGAGAAUCGAAAUAGCCUUAGUCCUUGCAGUCAGCCCUUUAUGCCAAAAACGCCCUCGCCGGAGCAGAUGAAGCGAUCGCCUGUCGUACAUCAAGAGCUUCCGUUUCACCUGGAUGACAACGACCGCCACCAGCAAAAUCGCGUCUGUGAUGAUCAGAGCAACGAGUUCCUAAAUAGUCCUGAAAGUCAAAAGUCAACAGAAUCAUAUCAGCAGUGGUCUCCAGCACAUGAGUCAGAGAACAGUCCUGUCAAAGAGUAUAAACUGUUCGAUACGAAGAAAUCGUUCUAUGACAACCCCAUUCUGGAUAAGGUUAAACCCCUCACCAGUGUAGGUAAGUCGGCCAGCAAGCCGUGUGGCCUUAUUGGCAAUAUGAGGUUUACUGGGAACGGAUGGAAGAAGAUAUAUGAAAAAGAACACACUGUAGACGAUUUGUGGAACAUAUGGAUCAACAGUCCUGAGACAAAGAUAGAUGGCAAAGAUCAGUCAUGGACAAAUGGUGAUGCCAAGCUUCUCAAGCCUCUUUCAGCUUCUUCUCAGAGCAGCAUGAACCAUUUGCAGCCAAAGCUGACGUCCGUUCCGUCAACAGUUUGGCAACGAACAUCACAAAGUGUAUGGACAAAGCCCGAUGCACCUGUUCAAUCGCAACAUUCCCUUAUACCUCAUCAAUCCUACCAGACUCUGCGGUCACUGAGGCCUAAUCUGGCGUCCUAUUCCCGCACCUCUCACCAGGGUAGCAUGUCCUCCCCGUGUGACAACUCGGACAAGAUCCCCCAGGCACGGAUAAUACGCCCACAGACCCCGCACCAGCUGGAACUCAAACCAAGUCUGGAGGUAUUCCCGCGUGGGGCUUUAGCAGAGCCACGUCUGCGCCAGUACCAGACGGUGACAUCUCCUUGGACGGCGGCAGAGCACAAUGUAAUGACGAAUCUACACCAGCCACAAGAAAACACAAGAUUUAUUCAGUCUCAAGGAAUUGGUGCAGUCCGACCAAACCAAAACAUCUCGUUUGUGCCCAACCAGAUGACGUGUGUGCCAACUCCUCAGCCCUACGACUACCGCAAUAUGGUGGUUCUCCAGCCUCACCAGAAACAACCGGAGCCCAGGCCCACAUUGCAGCCGACAGUUCUACGUCAUGGGUUUUCACCUCAACCUCCUCUCAAACCCACAGCAUAUCACACGUUUGGACCAUCUCUCGCUUCAACUCUCCACCGAGUCCCAUUUGAGCAACACUCACGCCUGCACCCCUCCAUCAUUUCCCGCCCAAAUGCAGCCUUUGCACCACCGGCCGGUUUUGCUCCUGCGAUUCCCGCUCAGACCUACAGACACGUGACUGUCGCAGCCAAUUACAAUCCUCCAAAGUUAGUGGCUGUUCCAACCUUUGACGCCCGCCCCCGGCCUAGAUACUACACGUCAUUUCUGAACUUCAACAACCACAACGAUGCCUACAGCUCGGACUCUGAACUGUCGGAAUCGUCAGUUGACCCAGUCGGUUCCCGGGAGGACGAUCAGGACGUGUUUGAUAGACAUGGUCGAGCUCGUCCAAUCCGUGCUAAUCCAGCCAAUCUUAUACAUUUGACCUGAUUGAUGCAUUUAACGUGAAGUGUUUGUUCAAUUUAUUGUUGUUAUUUUUUUAUGUGAAAGGAUGUACCGUAUCUGUGAUACUGCUAUUACAGGUCUAACAUGACGAAUGGUGUUUGAUGUGUAUUUAUUUCUUGUUGUUGAUACUGUGUACACAAAUCACUGGCAUGUGUGAAUGUACACAAAAUCGUUGUGAAUGUAUAUUAAUGAGAAUUUUUACAUUGUACAUAGUAUAAUUGGCACCGACAUAUUUAUUACCUCAUUUAUAGAAACAAAUAAUAAAAUGAUAAACAUAGACAA